AUGUCUGGAAUAAUAUAUAGAAACCAGGCCAAUGGGAUAAAGCUCAUUAGAAGCAUCCGAGGAAGCGCUAGCGGUGGUGGCAACUUGACAUUGAAAUAUCUCCAUACAUGUAAAUACCCAAAUAAUGCCAACAUCCCCUUGAUAAGGUCUAUGGCUAAGACCUUCGUUAGGUUGAGCAGCAAUAGCACCAAGGUAACCAAGGAAGAUGGCAAAAUCAUACCAAAGAACGAUGUCCCCACCUCAAUCGUAAGCAAGGAAAAAUUGGACUCGGAAUUGGAGCUUGUCCCAAACAAAAAGGACGAAAAGGAACCCAAAAAGACUUUAUGGGAAAAGGUGAAGCAUGAACUUAACCAUUACUGGGACGGUACCAAAUUAUUGGGUUACGAAAUCAAGGUAUCUACCAAGUUACUUUUCAAAGUGGCUGCUGGAUAUGGGUUAUCUAGAAGAGAAACUAACCAAUUACAGAGAACCAUUGGAGAUGUGAUCAGAUUGGUACCCUUUUCCAUGUUUUUGAUUAUCCCAUUCGCUGAGUUAUUGCUUCCGGUGGCACUCAAGAUCUUCCCUAACUUAUUACCAUCCACUUACGAACUGAAACUGGACCAAAAUAAAAAGAAACUCAAGUUGUCUAAAACUAGAUCAUCCACUUCUGAAUUCAUUAAGAAAACAAUUGAGGAAGGAAGAGGUUUGAAGUUGAGUAAGAAGAUCACCGAGGAAGAAAAGGAAGCGUUUGUCUCCUUUUUCGACACCAUCUCCAUUGGAAAGAACCCUACUAGGGACCACUUGAUUAAGGUAGCCCGUUUGUUUAAGAACGAUCAAGUUUUGGAUAAUUUAUCCAGACUGCAGUUGGUGGCUAUGGCUAAGUACAUGUCAUUAAGACCAUUUGGAACUGAUUCCAUCUUGAGAUAUCAAAUCAGACAUCGUCUUCUUACCAUUAUCAAGGACGACAAGGCAAUUGAUUAUGAAGGUGUUGACAGCUUGACCAUCCCUGAAUUGCAAAUGGCUUGUCUGCAAAGAGGUAUUAAAACUGUGGAUGUUUCUCCGGCAAGACUUAGAGAUGACUUAAGUACCUGGUUAGAUCUUAGGUUGAGACAAAAGAUCCCAUCUACCUUGUUAUUGUUGUCCUCCACUUACACUUAUGGAGACAAUAGCCAUUCUAUUGAGACUUACUAUGAUGCUCUUUUGGCUGUAUUGUCGUCGAUUCCAGAUGAAGUGUAUAAUGUAGCCAAGUUAGAAUUGAGCGACGAUUCUAAGUUGAAGUUGAAUAUCUUGAAGGAGCAAGACGAGUUGAUUCAAGAAGAAAACUUGAGAGAAAAGGGUACUGUCAACCAAGUUAAGGAUAACAUUAAGUUAGAUGAGUACGAAGAAACUGCAAAUGAAGGUAUGAAGAUUGAACAGGAACAAGAAGAUUCUGAAAAAUCUGAAAAAUCUGAAGAAACAGAGAAAGCUGAGAGUGAAGGAAAGUCUGAAGAACCAAAGGAAGCCAAGAGUGCAGAAAAAACUGAAGAGCCAAAGAAAGAGCCAAAAAGCGAUGGCGAGAAGGAAGUCAACGUCAAGAAUGCUGAAGCGUUAAAGAACAAGGCUACCUAG